GGCCCGCCGGAAGUGGCGCAGCGCAGGGAGGGGCUCUUCACCCGGACCGGCAGCUGAAGCUCGGCGCUCGGGUUACCCCUGCAGCGACGCCCCCUGGUCCCACAGAUACCACUGCUGCUCCCUCCCCUUCACUCUUCGGCCGCGCAAUGGGCACCCGCGACGACGAGUACGACUACCUCUUUAAAGUUGUCCUUAUUGGAGAUUCUGGUGUUGGAAAGAGUAAUCUCCUGUCUCGAUUUACUCGAAAUGAGUUUAAUUUGGAAAGCAAGAGCACUAUUGGAGUAGAGUUUGCAACAAGAAGCAUCCAGGUUGAUGGGAAAACAAUAAAGGCACAGAUAUGGGACACAGCAGGCCAAGAACGAUACCGAGCUAUAACAUCAGCAUACUAUCGUGGAGCUGUAGGUGCCUUAUUGGUUUAUGACAUUGCUAAACAUCUCACAUAUGAGAAUGUAGAGCGAUGGCUGAAAGAACUGAGAGAUCAUGCUGAUAGUAACAUUGUUAUCAUGCUUGUGGGCAAUAAGAGUGAUUUACGUCAUCUCAGGGCAGUUCCUACAGAUGAAGCAAGAGCUUUUGCAGAAAAGAAUGGUUUGUCAUUCAUUGAGACAUCUGCUCUAGAUUCUACAAAUGUAGAAGCUGCUUUUCAGACAAUUCUAACAGAGAUAUAUCGUAUUGUUUCUCAGAAGCAGAUGUCAGACAGACGUGAAAAUGACAUGUCUCCAAGCAACAAUGUGGUUCCUAUUCAUGUUCCACCAACCACUGAAAACAAGCCAAAGGUGCAGUGCUGUCAGAACAUCUAAAGCAUUUCUCUUCUCCCCUAGAAGGCUGUGUAUAGUCCAUUUCCCAGGUCUGAGAUUUAAAUAUAUUUGUAAUUUUUGUGUCACUUUUGUGUUUUAUUACUUCCUCUUAUUAAUUUUUCCAUGUCUUAAAUCUUUUGAUUUUAGCUUUAUAAAAUCAUCCACUUGUCCCGAAUGACUGCAGCUUUUUUUCAUGCUAUGGCUUCACUAGCCUUAGUUUAAUAAACUGAAUGUUUGGAUUCCUCAAUUAUUGUUUACUUUUCAUCAUGGAAGCCUGUCACUGUAGGACAUAAUAAAACUUGAUCACUUGAAGCUCAGACCUAUUGGUCUUGAUCAAAUCAAACUAAGAAGACCUUAGAGAUAAGCUAUCAUUUUGCCACAGAGCAGCUUAUACGUAUUCUUCUCUCAGUGCAGUGUAUAUUUCCACAAAUCUAAAAAUUGCCCUAUAAAUAUAGCAGGAUUUUGAAAGCUUGAAUUUUUCAUUAUCCUGAAAGUCAAUUUCUAAAAUGCCUUAAUAGGUUUAUGUAGUUUAGUAAAUUUUGUUUUUUAAUUUUUGUAAGUAUCAAAGUUGAUUAGAGAAGGGGGCACUUUUUUCCGGAAAAGAAUUAUCUUAAUAAACAUUGUUAUGUUAGUGGUAUAAUUAUGGGGCCAUAAGUUAAACAGUCCUGCCUGGAAAGCUAGGAACUGGAGAGAUUGGUGGAAUUCCAUUUGAGAUGCCUCUGUUGCAACAAUCAGAAAGCUCAAAUCAGGCUCUGCGCCUGUAGCUCAAGCCGCUAAGGCGCCAGCCACGUACACCUGAACUGGCGGGUUCAAAUCCAGCCCGGGCCCGCCAAACGAUGACGGCUGCAACCAAAAAAUAGCCGGGCAUUGUGGCGGGCACCUCUAGUCCCAGCUACUUGGAAGGCAGAGGCAGGAGACUCGCUUGAGUCCAGAGUUGGAGGUUGCUGUGAGCUGUGAUGCCAUAAUACUCUACCUGUUACCCCAGGGCAACAGCUUGAGGCUCUGUCUCAAAAAAAAAAAAGAAAGCUCAAAUCAUUUAAGUGAUCUAAUUUCCCAGCAGUAGACUUACGUGGCAUUUUAUUGCUUAGGCAAUAACUGGUUUAAUGCUGGGUAGUAUCAAAUUUUGAAGUAUUAAUUUUGUCUUAAAAGCCUUUAGUAAGUGAAAUGCAACCUACUUUAUCACCAUAUCCACCAGCAGACAUGAAUAAUUAUUUUAACAAUGCUGAUAUUUGAGUUUUGCAGUAUAUUAUGGAAUAUGGUCCAGUUAAAUCUUUGGUUUUGGUAUGUCUAAAGAAUACAGUGAGAGGUUAAUUUCUGCUCAAGUGGUACCACUUAAAGGCAUGUAUUCUUUUAGUAUGUAAAACGAAAUAGUACCUUGAGUUUAAAUAGAAUGCAUUUAGGCAUUGUAGAGACUUGAAAUAGUUUUCUUCCACUACAUUAUUGAAAUCAAUGGAGCAACUAGUUUCUCAUUCAGAAAUGUGCACACUAAUAUUUAGUUUUACUUUCUUGUGGGUAAUAUUAAGCACUUACUCUGCAGUUUUCUGGAAUUUGUGUCAACUGCAGUGAUACUAUUCAGGAUGGUGGGAUAUCCCCAAAAAUAUGUAUCUGUGGGCUUGCUUAGAUUUCUGUGUUUUGUAGUUAAUUGUCUAUCUUUUGCAGUGCUCAUGAUGUGUGGGGUGCACGGAAGGCAUUGCUGUAGUCAGUCAUUUUGGUUUUCUUCUGUAGCCAUUUUAUUAUUUUAGUGUAUUGGUUCUGAAGAUACUAUUAUCUAUUUGUAAAUUGCUACUUUGUAUUUUAUGCAUGCUCUGUAACUUGAUUUUUUUUUUUAGUUAUUGAUUUGGAAAUAUAUUCACAUUCUAAUAAACAGUUAUAGGGGGAUUA